UUUGUCCCUAAGAAAUGGUCUAAUUCAAGCAAAGUUCCUCAUUUUAAAAAAAAAAAUUACAAAAGAAAAACAAUGCCAUUGUCAAGCAUAUGCCUACACAUGCAUAUUUCAAUCAAAUACAAAUCUUUUUCAUUAUUAUUAUUAUUACUUGUGUUGCUGCUGUAGCUUUUGAAUUUGGACUUGAGGACGGAAGGUUCCCCAUCUUAAGUCUGUCGUUUUAGGCUCAUUUUGCUUCCUCUUUUCAGUUUGAUUCCUGGGAAAAUCCAACCAAAAAUUUAAAACAAUCCAAACUAAAUAAUGUCUUCAGAACCAUUCAAAUAUCCAAUUGAGGACAAUAUUGGUGGGAUCCCUACAAUGACCAGCAUCAAAUCAUUGAUUUUAUCUCACAAUCCAGUGGGAGGACCGAUUCCAAAGUCAUUCGGAAAACUGAAUGAAUUGCAAGUGUUGGAGCUAGAGGGCAAUGAUCUUUCCGGGAACAAACCAGUUGAGCUUGUUGAUGCCAAGGAAUUGACAACAAUUUUGCUUUCAAAGAACAAGCUAAGUGGAAAUUUCCCGAAGACGGUGAUGAAUCUGAAAAGGCUUCAGAAUUUUAAUGUGUCUAGGAACAGUAUGAGCGGCAGGGUUCCCCAUCAUAAUGCUGGUAUUCCUGCAUCUGCAUUCAAAGAUAAUCCUGGUCUCUGUGGAUCACCGCUUCCCCCUUGCAAAUGCUCAAUAAAGCACGAAUUGACUUGCUGCAGGAUUGAGGUGUUCAAUACCAUCCAUCAAAUUGAUAUUUGAUUCGAAAACUAAACCAACAAAAUAGUUUAUUUGAAAAAUCAGCUCAGAUCUCAGUUCAGCAAUGUAAUAAAACUGGUUUUUUGGUAUAGCUCCAAGUUUGUCUAUUUUUGAGAAUUGAUUAUCUUCUAAACUGGUUUUAGAAAAAUUCUUGAGCCCCUUAGAUCCUUUAGCCUGUUACAAUUAAGAAUUACCUUGCUAAUAUAUUUUUUAUUAUUAAUAUUAUUUUAUUUGA